UCACCAAGAUUUGGGUACUUAAAUGUUCUUAUUUCCUACAAUGGACAUGGAACAGAUAUAAUUGUUGGCAGAGAAGAUGCAGACUCUGAUGCAAGGGUAAAAGCUAUGGUUCCAAUAUGCUUCUAUGACGUGCUUGCUGAUCAUUUUUAUUUGGAACAUCAGCAGGAGAACCCAAUUUUCACUUUAAUUGUUCAACUCUGGAGCCAGCCAUUUGAGCUACCCCGUGUAUGGUUGACAAGAUCGGAAGCUUCUUACAAAACUUUCCAGUGUUCCCGUAUGCUUUCUUAGUGGUGGGUUCUGUUCGUUAUUGAACUGUCUGAUCAGCUUCAAAAAUUAAAAAUGGAACCAGUGCUGUUACAUCAUCUCUCCCACAUUAAAAUUCUUCAAGGUUUGGAGCUGAGAAUGAUUACAAGUUCCAGACUUAAAAGUUGUUUGUACAGCUUCACUUCUACGGGUGGUCCAAUGUAUCCAACAAGAGCUGUUCAUCAUGCAGCCUGGGAUGCUCUGGAUUUUCUUUUCCUAUUUCUAAAAAUUGCUGUUCCGAGGCGCAAGUGGCUUCUACCAAAAGCUGUAAUCGUAGUACACAUCGAAUGGUGGGAAAAUAUCCUCGACACAUCAUCAGUCUGUUCUUCCUGUUGCUGUAUCCAUGGUACUGACCAUCAUCGUGUUGGAACUUUGUGUUGUCAUGCAUACAAGCAAUACUGUUUUCGAUCUUGAAUCUCAUGUUCAUGUUCCGAAGCCGUAAGUUCAGAAACCCUCCUGAUCAGUCUUAGCCAUCACCACCAAAUUACUCUUUCAGAGCUGUAUUAUUCACACAAUUGUGCAUGUCUUUUUUUUGUUCAAUGUGGUAAUCUUGAUAAACAAUGGUUAAUGUGCAUGUCUACACAAUACUCAUCUUUAUAUUACCCCACUCUUGCUGUCUUAUAUCGUAUUGUAAUUUUACUCGGUUUUUGUUCUGUCAUGUACCAGUUUUUGGAUGAAAAGUCUUCACCAAAAUA